AAGUGGCUCUGCCCAAGGGGGAUGUUGGUGUUGCCAUGGAAGGGGAAUGGAAAGGACCCAGGUUCAAGAAGGUGGAAACUCCUCAGAUCUCCCUCUCGGAUGUGAACCUGCAGCUCAAAGGGCCCCAGUUUGACACCAGUGGCUCCAAGGUGGGAAUGGCCAUUCCCGACGUCCACCUUAAAGGCCCCACAGUGACGAUGCCAGAGGCGCAUGUGGGGACCCCGAACGUCUCCAUGCCUGACAUGGACCUGAACCUGAGAGGCCCCAAAGCGAAGGGAGACCUCGAUGCUUCUGCCCCCAAACUGGAAGGGGAGCUCAGAGCCCCUGGAAUCGACAUCAAAGGCCCCAAGGUUGACAUUGAAGCCCCAGAUAUGGACGUUCAUGGUCCUGAAGGCAAACUGAAGAUGCCCAAGCUGAAGAUGCCCAAGUUUGGGGUGAAGGGAGAGGUCCCUGAUGUGGCUCUGACCCUUCCCAAGGGCCAGGUGGACAUCUCCGGUCCCAAGGUUGACAUUGAUGUGCCCAAUGUGGAUGUCAAAGGGAUAGAAGGGAAGCUGAAGGGCCCCGAGUUGGGGAUGCCUGAGAUGCACAUCACAGCCCCAAAGGUCUCGGGGCCGGACAUUGACCUCAGCCUGAAGGGAGGUGUGGAGGUCUCCAUCCCCACAACAGGAGCUGAUCUGAAGGCUCCAGAACUAGAGCUCCAAGGCCCCAAGGUUGACAUUGAAGGCCCAGACAUGGACGUCCAUGGUCCUGAAGGCAAACUGAAGAUGCCCAAGCUGAAGAUGCCCAAGUUUGGGGUGAAGGGAGAGGUCCCUGAUGUUGAUGUGAUGCUCCCGAAGGGUAAAGUGGAUGUCUCUGGUCCUGGUGUUGAUGUGCCCAGUGUGGACAUCAAAGGGCCAGAAGGGAAACUCAAGGGCCCCAAGGUGAAGAUACCUGAUGUGAGCUUCAAGACACCCCAGAUCUCCAUGCCUGACAUUGACCUGAACCUGAGAGGCCCCAAAGUGAAGGGAGACCUCGAUGCUUCUGCCCCCAAACUGGAAGGGGAGCUCAGAGCCCCUGGACUCGACAUCAAAGGCCCCAAGGUUGACAUUGAAGCCCCAGAUAUGGACGUUCAUGGUCCUGAAGGGAAACUGAAGAUGCCCAAGCUGAAGAUGCCCAAGUUUGGGGUGAAGGGAGAGGUCCCUGAUGUGGCUCUGACCCUUCCCAAGGGCCAGGUGGACAUCUCCGGUCCCAAGGUUGACAUUGAUGUGCCCAAUGUGGAUGUCAAAGGGCCAGAAGGGAAAGGUCUCACAAUGAAGAUGCCCGACCUGAGCAUCCAGAGCCCCAAAGUGUCCACGCCAGACGUAGAUCUCAGCUUGAAAGGCCCCAAAAUAGACGUGGAAGGUCCCAAAGUGGAUGUUGAGGUGCCCGAAAUGGACUUGGAAUGUCCAGAAGGGAAAGUAAAAGGCCCCAAAUUCAAGAUGCCCAAGUUGAACAUCAGGACACCGAAGAUCUCGAUGCCUGACGUGGAUCUGAACUUGAAGGGGCACAAAGGGAAAGGAGAGGUGGACGUUGCCCUUCCUAAGGUAGAAGGUGACCUGAAAGAACCUGGUGUUACCAUCAAGGGGCCCAAGGUAGAUGUGGAGGUGCCAGAUGUCAACCUGGAGGCUCCGGAAGCCAAACUGAAGAUGCCCAAAGUGAAACUGCCUCAAUUCCAUGGGUCUGGACCCAAGAUCGAGGGUCCGGAUGUGGACAUCAAUGUGCCCAAAGGGGACAUGGAAGUUUCGGGGCCAGAGGUGGAUCUUGAAGGGCCAGAGGGGAAGCUGAAGGGUCCCAAGUUCAAGAUGCCUGAGAUGCACAUCAAGGCUCCCAAGAUCUCCAUGCCUGACAUUGACUUCAACCUGAAGGGACCCAGCGUGAAAGGAGAUGUUGAAAUCUCAGCUCCCAAGCUGGAAGGUGACCUGAAGGCUCCUGAUGUUGACAUCCAGGGUCCCAAAGUUGACAUUGAGGCCCCAGAUGUGAACAUUCAAGGUCCAGAAGGAAAGUUCAAGAUGCCCAAGUUCAAGAUGCCCAAGUUCGGGAUGUCAGGAUUCAAAGCAGAAGGUCCAGAGGUUGACGUGAACCUCCCAAAAGCAGAUCUUGAUGUUUCUGCUCCAAAGGUGGACAUUGAAGGUCCUGAUGUUGAGCUGGAAGGACCAGAGGGGAAGCUGAAGGGUCCCAAGUUCAAGAUGCCUGAGAUGCACAUCAAGACCCCCAAGAUCUCCAUGCCUGACAUUGACUUGAACCUGAAGGGCCCCAAAGUGAAGGGAGAUGUGGAUGUGUCUCUACCCAAGAUCGAGGGUGAAUUGAAGUGUCCUGAUGUGGACAUCCAAGGACCCAAAGUUGAUGUUGACCUUCCCAAUGUUGAGCUGGAAGGUCCAGAGGGGAAACUGAAGGGUCCCAAGUUCAAGAUGCCUGAGAUGCACUUCAAGACCCCCAAGAUCUCCAUGCCUGACAUCGACCUCAACCUCAGAGGUCCCAAGCUGAAGGGAGACCUGGAUGUUACUGGCCCCAAACUGGAAGGUGACUUGAAAGGACCUGAUGUGGAUAUCAAAGGACCCAAAGUGGACAUUGAUGUUCCUGAUGUGGACAUUGAAGGACCAGAGGGGAAACUGAAGGGUCCCAAGUUCAAGAUGCCUGAGAUGCACAUCAAGGCUCCCAAGAUCUCCAUGCCUGAUGUUGACUUCAACCUGAAGGGACCCAAGUUAAAGGGAGAUGUGGACGUGUCUCUUCCCAAGGUCGAGGGUGAAUUGAAGGCUCCUGAUGUUGACAUCCAGGGUCCCAAAGUGGACAUUGAGGCCCCAGAUGUCAAUAUUCAAGGUCCAGAAGGAAAGUUCAAGAUGCCCAAGUUCAAGAUGCCCAAGUUCGGGAUGUCAGGAUUCAAACCAGAAGGUCCAGAGGUUGACGUGAACCUCCCAAAAGCAGAUCUUGAUGUUUCUGCUCCUAAGGUGGAUAUUGAAGGUCCAGAGGUUGACAUUGAAGGUCCUGAGGGGAAGCUUAAAGGACCCAAGUUCAAGAUGCCUGAGAUGCACUUCAAGACCCCCAAGAUCUCCAUGCCUGACAUUGACCUCAACCUCAGAGGUCCCAAGCUGAAGGGAGACCUGGAUGUUUCUGUCCCCAAACUGGAAGGUGACUUGAAAGGACCUGAUGUGGAUAUCAAAGGACCCAAAGUGGACAUUGAUGUUCCUGAUGUGGACAUUGAAGGACCAGAGGGGAAACUGAAGGGUCCCAAGUUCAAGAUGCCCGAGAUGCAUUUCAAAGCCCCCAAGAUCUCAAUGCCUGACUUUGACCUGAACCUGAAAGGUCCCAAAGUGAAGGGGGAUGUGGACGUGUCUGUGCCGAAGCUGGAGGGGGAUUUGAAAGGCCCUGAUGUUGACAUUAAAGGCCCUAAAGUGGACAUUGACCUCCCUGACGUUGAGCUGGAAGCUCCUGAGGGGAAGCUGAAGGGUCCCAAGUUCAAGAUGCCUGAGAUGCACAUCAAGGCUCCCAAGAUCUCCAUGCCUGACGUUGACUUGAACCUGAAGGGACCCAAGUUAAAGGGAGAUGUGGACGUGUCUCUACCCAAAGUUGAGGGUGAAUUGAAGGCUCCUGAUGUUGACAUCAAGGGCCCCAAAGUGGAUAUUGAGGCUCCUGAUGUCAAUAUUCAAGGCCCAGAAGGAAAGUUCAAGAUGCCCAAGUUCAAGAUGCCCAAGUUCGGGAUGUCAGGAUUCAAAGCAGAAGGUCCAGAGGUUGACGUGAACCUCCCAAAAGCAGAUAUUGAUGUUUCUGCUCCUAAAGUGGAUGUUGAAGGUCCAGAGGUUGACAUUGAAGGACCAGAGGGGAAGCUUAAAGGACCCAAGUUCAAGAUGCCUGAGAUGCACAUCAAGGCUCCCAAGAUCUCCAUGCCUGACAUUGACUUGAACCUGAAGGGACCCAAGUUAAAGGGAGAUGUGGACGUGUCUCUACCCAAGGUUGAGGGUGAACUGAAGGGUCCAGAACUGGAUAUUAAAGGUCCCAAAGUUGAUGUUGACCUUCCUGAUGUUGAGUUGGAAGGGCCAGAGGGGAAAUUGAAAGGACCUAAGUUCAAGAUGCCUGAGAUGCACAUCAAGGCUCCCAAGAUCUCCAUGCCUGAUGUUGACUUCAACCUAAAGGGACCCAAGUUAAAGGGAGAUGUGGAUGUGUCUCUACCCAAGGUAGAGGGUGAAUUGAAGUGUCCCGAUGUGGACAUUAAAGGCCCCCAAGUGGACAUUGAGGCCCCAGAUGUGAACAUUCAAGGCCCAGAAGGAAAGUUCAAGAUGCCCAAGUUCAAGAUGCCCAAGUUCGGGAUGUCAGGAUUCAAAGCAGAAGGUCCAGAGGUUGACGUGAACCUCCCAAAAGCAGAUAUUGAUGUUUCUGCUCCAAAGGUGGACGUUGAGAUGCCAAGUGUGGACAUUGAAGGUCCUGAAGGGAAGCUGAAAGGACCCAAGUUCAAGAUGCCUGAGAUGCACAUCAAGACUCCCAAGAUCUCCAUGCCUGACAUUGACUUCAACCUGAAAGGUCCCAAAUUGAAGGGAGAUGUGGAUGUGUCUCUACCCAAGGUCGAGGGUGGCUUAAAGGGCCCUGAAAUCGACAUCCAAGGUCCCAAAGUUGAUGUUGACCUUCCUGAUGUUGAGCUGGAAGGACCAGAGGGGAAAUUGAAAGGACCUAAGUUCAAGAUGCCUGAGAUGCACAUCAAGGCUCCCAAGAUCUCCAUGCCUGAUGUUGACUUCAACCUAAAGGGACCCAAGUUAAAGGGAGAUGUUGAUGUGUCUGUUCCGAAGGUAGAGGGUGAGCUGAAGGCUCCUGAUGUUGACCUCAAAGGCCCCAAGGUCGACAUUGAGGCUCCUGAUGUCAAUAUUCAAGGCCCAGAAGGAAAGUUCAAGAUGCCCAAGUUCAAGAUGCCCAAGUUCGGGAUGUCAGGAUUCAAAGCAGAAGGUCCAGAGGUUGACGUGAACCUCCCAAAAGCAGAUCUUGAUGUUUCUGCUCCUAAGGUGGAUAUUGAAGGUCCAGAGGUUGACAUUGAAGGACCAGAGGGGAAGCUGAAGGGUCCCAAGUUCAAGAUGCCUGAGAUGCACAUCAAGGCUCCCAAGAUCUCCAUGCCUGAUGUCGACUUCCAUCUGAAGGGCCCUAAGCUGAAGGGAGAUGUGGAUGUGUCUGUCCCUAAGGUCGAGGGAGACCUGAAGGCUCCUGAAAUAGACAUCCAAGGUCCCAAAGUUGAUGUUGACCUCCCUGAUGUUGAACUGGAAGGGCCAGAGGGGAAACUAAAGGGUCCCAAGUUCAAGAUGCCUGAGAUGCACAUCAAGGCUCCCAAGAUCUCCAUGCCUGAUGUUGACUUCAACCUGAAGGGACCCAAGUUAAAGGGAGAUGUUGAUGUGUCUGUCCCUAAGGUAGAGGGUGAAUUGAAGGCUCCUGAUGUAGACAUCAAAGGCCCCAAAGUGGACAUUGAGGCUCCAGACUUGGACAUUCAUGGCCCUGAGGGUAAAAUCAAGAUGCCCAAGUUCAAGAUGCCCAAGUUUGGGUUGUCUGGGUUGAAAGGAGAAGGUCCAGAUCUUGAUGUCAACCUUCCUGAGGCCGAUGUUGCUGUUUCGGGUCCCAAGGUUGAUGUUACCCUUCCUGACCUGGACAUUGAAGGGCCAGAAGGGAAACUGAAGGGCCCUAAACUGAAGAAACCCGAGAUUGGCUUCAACGUUCCCAAGAUCUCCAUGCCCGACAUUGACUUACACCUGAGAGGUCCCAAAGUGAGAGGCGACAUCGAUCCUUCCAUCCCCAAAGUCGAGGCUGAGCUGAAGAGUCCCAAGCUGGACAUCAAGGGGCCGGAGGUUGAGGUUGAGGGACCAAAGGUUGAUCUGGAAGGAAAAGGGAAAAAAUCCAGGUUUAAACUCCCCAAAUUUGGCUUUUCUGGCCCCAAAGUGCAGAGCCCUGAGGUGGACCUGAAAGUGAAGAAACCCGAGGUUGAGCUGUCCGGCCCCAAGGUUGAUGUUGCUGCUCCAGAGGUGGAUAUUCAGGCAAAGGCAAAGGGCUCCAAGUUCAAAAUGCCUUUUCUGACCAUUUCCUCCCCCAAAGUCUCGAUGCCGGAUGUGGAGCUCAACCUCAAAGGGCAUAAAGUCAAAGGGGACUUGGAUCUUUCCAGCCCCAAGUUGGAAGGGGAACUGAAAGGGCCAGAAUUGGACAUCAAAGGCCCCAAAGUCAACAUUGAGACACCUGAUGUGGAUGUUCAUGGACCAGAGGGAAAACUGAAGAUGCCCAAGUUCAAGAUGCCCAAGUUUGGGGUGUCCGGGUUUAAAGCAGAGGGGCCCGAGGUGGAUCUCAGCGUUCCCAAAGCAGAGAUGGAUGUUUCAGGUCCCAAGCUGGAUAUUGAAGGUCCUGGCUUGGAAAUAGAAGGUCCAGAGGGGAAGUUGAAGGGUCCCCACUUGAAGAUGCCAGAAGUGAACAUCAAAGCCCCCAAGAUCUCCAUGCCCGACAUUGACCUGAACCUGAAGGGUCCCAAAGUGAAGGGAGAUGUGGACGUGUCUCUUCCUCACGUGGAGAUGAAAGGACCCAAAGUGGAUGUAGAGGUUCCUGACCUCGACAUUGAAGGUCCCAAAGGCAAAGUGAAGGGCCCCAAGUUUAAACUGCCUGAAAUGAACAUCAAAGCUCCUCAUAUUUCCAUGCCGGAUUUGGACUUGAAUUUGAAAGGUCCCAAGUCCAAAGGGGGGGCAGACAUUGACCUCUCAGUGCCAAAGCUGGAAGGGGAAUUGGGUGUUCCAGAUGUUAACAUCCAAGGGCCAAAGGUUGAUAUUGAUGCUCCUGAGCUGGAUGUAGAAGGAAAACUGAAGGGUCCCAAGUUCAAGAUGCCUGAGAUGCACAUCAAGGCUCCCAAGAUCUCCAUGCCUGACGUUGACUUCAACCUGAAGGGACCCAAGUUAAAGGGAGAUGUGGAUGUGUCUCUACCCAAGAUCGAGGGUGAAUUGAAGUGUCCUGAUGUUGACAUCCAGGGCCCCAAGGUUGACAUUGAAGCCCCAGAUGUGAACAUUCAAGGCCCAGAAGGAAAGUUCAAGAUGCCCAAGUUCAAGAUGCCCAAGUUCGGGAUGUCAGGAUUCAAAGCAGAAGGUCCAGAGGUUGACGUGAACCUCCCAAAAGCAGAUAUUGAUGUUUCUGCUCCUAAGGUGGAUAUUGAGAUGCCAAGUGUGGAUAUUGAAGGACCAGAGGGGAAACUAAAGGGUCCCAAGUUCAAGAUGCCUGAGAUGCACAUCAAGGCUCCCAAGAUCUCCAUGCCUGACAUCGACCUGAACCUGAAGGGUCCCAAAGUGAAGGGAGAUGUGGACGUGUCUCUACCCAACGUCGAGGGUGAAUUGAAGGGUCCAGAACUGGAUAUUAAAGGUCCCAAAGUGGACAUUGAUGUUCCUGAUGUGGACAUUGAAGGCCCAGAGGGGAAGCUGAAGGGUCCCAAGUUCAAGAUGCCCGAGAUGCAUUUCAAAGCCCCCAAGAUCUCAAUGCCUGACUUUGACCUGAACCUGAAAGGACCCAAAGUGAAGGGGGACGUGGACGUGUCUGUGCCGAAGCUGGAGGGGGAUUUGAAAGGCCCUGAUGUUGACAUUAAAGGCCCUAAAGUGGACAUUGACCUCCCUGAUGUUGAGCUGGAAGGGCCAGAGGGGAAACUGAAGGGUCCCAAGUUCAAGAUGCCUGAGAUGCACAUCAAGACUCCCAAGAUCUCCAUGCCUGACGUUGACUUCAACCUAAAGGGACCCAAGUUAAAGGGAGAUGUGGACGUGUCUCUACCCAAGGUAGAGGGUGAAUUGAAGUGUCCUGAUGUGGACAUCCAAGGACCCAAAGUUGAUGUUGAUCUUCCUGAUGUUGAGCUGGAAGGGCCAGAGGGGAAGCUGAAGGGUCCCAAGUUCAAGAUGCCUGAGAUGCACAUCAAGGCUCCCAAGAUCUCCAUGCCUGAUGUUGACUUCAACCUGAAGGGACCCAAAGUGAAGGGAGAUGUGGACGUGUCUUUACCCAAGAUCGAGGGUGAAUUGAAGGCUCCUGAUGUUGAUAUCAAAGGCCCCCAAGUGGACAUUGAGGCCCCAGAUGUGAACAUUCAAGGUCCAGAAGGAAAGUUCAAGAUGCCCAAGUUCAAGAUGCCCAAGUUCGGGAUGUCAGGAUUCAAAGCAGAAGGUCCAGAGGUUGACGUGAACCUCCCAAAAGCAGAUCUUGAUGUUUCUGCUCCUAAGGUGGAUAUUGAAGGUCCAAAUGUGGACAUUGAAGGACCAGAGGGGAAGCUUAAAGGACCCAAGUUCAAGAUGCCUGAGAUGCACAUCAAGACCCCCAAGAUCUCUAUGCCUGACAUUGACUUGAACCUGAAAGGUCCCAAAUUGAAGGGAGAUGUGGAUGUGUCUCUACCCAAGGUCGAGGGUGAAUUGAAGGGUCCUGAAAUAGACAUCCAAGGACCCAAAGUUGAUGUUGACCUUCCCAAUGUUGAGCUGGAAGGGCCAGAGGGAAAACUGAAAGGACCUAAGUUCAAGAUGCCUGAGAUGCACAUCAAGGCUCCCAAGAUCUCCAUGCCUGAUGUUGACUUCAACCUAAAGGGACCCAAGUUAAAGGGAGAUGUGGACGUGUCUCUACCCAAGGUCGAGGGUGAAUUGAAGGCUCCUGAUGUUGACAUCCAGGGUCCCAAAGUGGACAUUGAGGCUCCUGAUGUGAACAUUCAAGGUCCAGAAGGAAAGUUCAAGAUGCCCAAGUUCAAGAUGCCCAAGUUCGGGAUGUCAGGAUUCAAAGCAGAAGGUCCAGAGGUUGACGUGAACCUCCCAAAAGCAGAUCUUGAUGUUUCUGGCCCAAAGGUGGAUGUUGAGAUGCCAAGUGUGGACAUUGAAGGUCCAGAGGGGAAACUGAAAGGACCCAAGUUCAAGAUGCCUGAGAUGCACAUCAAGGCUCCCAAGAUCUCCAUGCCUGACGUUGACUUCAACCUGAAGGGACCCAAGUUAAAGGGAGAUGUGGACGUGUCUUUACCCAAGGUUGAGGGUGAGCUGAAGGCUCCUGAUGUGGACAUUAAAGGCCCCCAAGUCGACAUUGAGGCCCCAGAUGUCAAUAUUCAAGGCCCAGAAGGAAAGUUCAAGCUGCCCAAGUUCAAGAUGCCCAAGUUCUCCAUGCCAGGAUUCAAGGGGGAGGGAGUGGAUGUGGAUGUGAACCUGCCCAAGGGAGACCUCAACCUCUCAGGCCCCAGUGUGGAUGUGGAGGCUCCUGAUGUGAGUGUGGAUGGGAACCUCAAGGGUCCCACAUUCACCCUGCCCGAGAUGCACAUCAAGGCCCCCAAGGUCUCCCUCCCUGACGUUGACUUCAGCCUCAAGGGCCCCAAAGUGAAGGGAGAUGUGGAUGUGUCUGUCCCUAAGGUUGAGGGUGAAUUGAAGGCUCCUGAUGUGGACAUCAAAGGCCCCAAAUUGGACAUUGAUGUUCCUGAUGUGAACAUUGAGGGCCCAGAGGGGAAACUGAAGGGUCCCAAGUUCAAGAUGCCUGAGAUGCACAUCAAGGCUCCCAAGAUCUCCAUGCCUGAUGUCGACUUCAACCUGAAGGGACCCAAGUUAAAGGGAGAUGUGGACGUGUCUCUACCCAAGGUCGAGGGUGAAUUGAAGGGUCCAGAACUGGAUAUCAAAGGUCCCAAAGUUGAUGUUGACCUUCCCGAUGUUGAGCUGGAAGGGCCAGAGGGGAAACUGAAGGGUCCCAAGUUUAAGAUGCCUGAGAUGCACAUCAAGGCUCCCAAGAUCUCCAUGCCUGACAUCGACCUCAACCUGAAGGGACCGAAGCUUGAGGGAGGUCUGAAGGGACCUGACAUUGACAUCAAGGGCCCCAAAGUGGACAUUGAAGGUCCAGAGGUCAAUGGGGAUGGUCUGGAUGGUAAAAUGAAGCUGCCUAAGAUGAAGCUGCCCAAGUUUGGGCUGAAAGGAGAAGGUCCCGAUGUGGACGUGAGCAUCCCAAAGGCAGAGGUGGAUGUCUCAGCCCCCAGGGUUGAUAUCAGCAUCCCAGAUGUGAGCAUCGAUGGUCCCGAGGGCAAAGUGAGAGGUCCUAAAGUGAAGGUGCCCGAGGUGCAUGUGAACGUCCCCAAGAUCUCCAUGCCUGAGAUCGACCUGAACCUCAAAGGCCACAAGACCAAGGGAGGCUUCGACCUGAAGGCUCCUGAUGCUGACAUCGAUGCUGAGUGUCCUGAGCUGAGCAUCGAGGGCCCCGAGGCCAACCUGAGGAUGCCCAAGGGGAAGAAGCCCAAGUUUGGGUUCGGGAUGAGGAGCCCCAAGGGCUCCGGGGCUGAUGUGGAGCUGCCUGAGGCAGAGCUGAGCGUGGAGGCUCCAGACGUGAACCUCACAGGGAAGGGCAAGAAGAGCAAGUUCAAGAUGCCCAAACUCCAUGUGAGUGGCCCCAAAGUCAAGGGCAAGAAGGGAGGGUUUGAUGUGAACGUGUCCGGGGGGGACCUGGAUGUGGAUGUGAGCGCAUCGGGACCGGAUGCGGCAGCCAAAGGGGAGGUGAUGCUGAAGUCUCCCAAAGGGAAGAAGCCAAUGUUUGGGAAGAUCUCCAUCCCGGACGUGGAGUUUGACCUGAAAUCACCUCGGUUCCGAGGGGACACGUCCGUGGCAGCCCCCAGGAUGGAGGGGGAGCUCCAUGGCCCCGAGAUGGAUGUGGCUGCGCCGGUGAUCAAAGGGGACCUGAAGGGUCCAAGCCUCAAUGUGGAUGUUGGAGCUCCCGAUGUGAGUGUGAAGAAGCCCAAGUUCAACCUUGGAGCAGGGGGGUUGGCAAUGGAUGGAGCCUCCAUUGACGCUUCCGUUCCCUCAAUCCCGGUGCCAGACGUCAGCCUCAAUGUGAAAGGACCAAAGGGAGAGGUCCAUGUUCCUGGAGCAGAACUGGAAGGGCCUGAAGGGAAACUGAAGCUGUCCAAGGGGGGGAGGAUGGGUCUGGAUCUGGGAAUGCCGGAUGUGAACCUGGAUCUGUCUGUGCCAGCCGCUGAUGUCACCUUCCCAGGGCCCCAAAUCUCCGGCCCCGAGGUUGAUGUGAACCUGAAAGGACCAAAGCUAAAGGGGGAUGUGGAUGUUUCGGGUUCCCUGGAAGGGCCCAAGCUCAGCCUGGAUGCGCCAGGAAUUGACAUGGGAGGUGUGGGGGGGAAACUGAAGCUGCCCAAGCUCCAGUCACCGGCAAUGGAAGGAGUGGAGCUGAAGGGAGACAUGGAGGGCUCCAUAGAGGGGAAAGGGGCAAACCUCACCCUGGGCACCGCAGGCAUCAGAGGAUGCUCCUCAAUGGAUGCGGAUCUGGAUGUGAACCUGAAAGGACCAAAGCUGAAGGGAGACCUGGACGUGCAGAGUCCUGGAGCAUCAAUGGACGGCUCCGACUCCGGCUUCCAGGUCCUGGGUGGCACCAUCAAGCUCCCGUCCCUCAAACUGCCCCAGUUUGGGCUUCCCAGUCCCACUGUGGAUGGAGCCGAUGUUGGCAUGAGCCUGAAGGGCUCCGGGGCUGGGAUCGGGCUGGAAGGAUCCAGUGUGGAAGUGAAAGGGCCUCAGGUUUCCCUACCGGAUGCUGACCUGAAGCUGAAAGGACCAAACCUGGAUGGCAGCGGAGAGAUCAGAGCCCCAAAAGUGAGUGUGGAAGUGCCUCAUGUGGGUACCAAGGAGCUCAGCACCAGCAUCCACAUGGAUGCUCCGGCCGUGGAUGCAUCCGCACUGAAAGGCUCCGGGUUGAACAUCAACGUCAAAGGUCCAAAGCUCCAUGUGGGCUCCUCAAAGGGAGCUCCCAUAGGGAUCCCAGAGCCUGGCACAGGCAAAGUCUCCUUCCCCAAGCUGCGGAUGCCCAAGUUCGUGUUCUCGGAGCCGGAGGUGAAGGGCAGGGAGGUUGGGGUGGACGUGGACUUCCCGGACACCCACAUCCCAUCCGGGAGCGCGGAGCCGGAGCCGGAGGACUCCGACAUCCGCCUGAAGAGAUCCAAGCUGAAGAUGCCCAAGUUCAACUUCAAGCAGAAGGGGAAGAGCUUUGGGGCCCUGGGCUCCCCGGAGGCCUCGGGCUCCAGGGGGGACCUCAAGAGCUCCAAGGGCAGCCUGGGCUCAGCGGAGGGGGAGCUGGAUGGGGCCAAGGGCAGGUUCUCCCUGUUCCGGAGCAGGAAGCCGCGGCACCGGUCGUCGUCCUUCAGCGACGAGCGCUCGGCGCAUUCCCCAUCACCGGAGCGCGGUGAGCGCGGCAAAGGGGCGAGGAUGAAGUUCGGGACGUUCGGGGGCAUCGGCUCCAAAACCAAAGGCUCCUAUGAGGUGACCGCGAGUGAUGAGGAGCAGCCCAAGGUAUCCGGUACCACCGGUACAACCGGUACCACCAAGAAGUCGCGGUUGUCGUCGUCCUCCAGCGCCGACAGCGCCACCAAAGGCGGAUUCCGCCUGCCCGGUGUGGAGCUGGCGGUGGCCAAGCGCCGGGAGCAGGAGGGCUGCACGUAGGGGCCGGUGUGUACAUAGGGAGCCCCAUAUGGGUCUGUAGAUACGUUUUGUAGCUCGGGCUCCCCAUCCAUCCGUACCCCUCAUCCCGAGAGCCGCUCGGAACGUCGGCUCCUGCAUGGAAUGCUGAGCGCUGUGCCGGCUGGUUUUGAUAUAACUCUUAUUUCCCCCCUUGUUUCACCGGAUCACGUCCGUGUUUUGGGUCAUGGAAAUGGGAUUUUGGGGGUUUUGUUUGGUUCUUUUUCUUUGGUUCUGUGCUCGAUGGGGGUUGAGGAAAUGGAGCUUUAAGAAGCAGAGCCUGGAACGGAGCCGCGGGGCCGGGCGCGUGAUUCCCAUGGUUGGGAUGCGCCAGGAUAUCGGGUAACGGGGAGGGGAAAGGACAAGUGGUGCAGGGAAACAGCUCCAAAGGCUUCGAGUCCUCACCCCCCCAAUGGCCCCAGCGCUGGUUUGGGGUCGAUUGAUGGGAUUUCACUUCAUUGCCUUUAAAUUGGUCCCGUUCUCUGAUGAAAAGGGACAGAAAAAGAACCCAAACCCCAAAAUCUCGUGGGACGGAUCCGGUUUGAGGUCAAACCCGAAAAAUGCAGCAAUAAACCCAAAAACCAAACCAAAAACCAACCAAAACCAAAGCAAAAGCCCCUUUUUUUAGCACUUUAACAGCAAAAUAAUCGCGGCGUCAGAAUGAUCUUGUAAAAUGCAAAUAAAACGUUUAUUAACCGGGA